CGUCGUGUGGGGAACUCCCUGCUAACCCGCCUACCCUACUGACCAAAAGAUACAGACCACCACAUUGCGGUACUGAGCAGUACGAGUCGAGAAGAGGUCCGUAAACAUUUCACAUUUCAACGGGGUGAAGUGUAUGGAAAAAGCUUGGUGAAGGAAGCUGCUGUGACUCACAUCUGUUCAUCUGUUGGUCCUAACCCUAAGCGAUCUUGCUUCCUUCUUUUUCUUCAUCACAAUAAGAGGAGGCUUGGGCUCCCUCUAGGUGCAAAACUCACCAUGUGCCAAAACUGGAGAGGAUGUACCACUAUCCUUUAAACAGCCAAAUCUCUUUUAACCCUUAACCUCUAGUCUGGGGACCAUCCUAAUCCUCCACAUUGCCCGCUGGCCAAAAUGAGGAAGGUGGUGGCAUGGACAGCAGAGGAUGUUUCCCAGUGGUUGAGCAAAGCGGGAAUGCCGGAGUACAUAGAUGCCCUCCAGCAGAUGAAUGGCCCUGCUUUACUCAGGCUCACAGAAGCAGAUUUCCAAAAGCCUCCUCUCUCACUGGUGUCGUCUGAUUGUGGGCAGCAGCUGUUGGAGCGACUGGAGACACUAAAGCUAGAGACACACAUGGAGGCUCAUAAAAACGGCCACGCAAAUGGGCACGUUGGUGGAAUAUCCAACGGAAGUAGUAAGUCCCACAGAAAUGGCACAUUGAAGGAAUUCCAGGACAUGAUUCAAAUUCCUAUCCCUACAAUGGAGGCUACACCAUUCCCUGCUGAGUGGGGGAAGACGGGCAUAGCAUUCCUCUAUGCGGUGGUGUGCUUUGUCACCACCACUGUUGUCAUCUCGGUUGUCCACGAGAGAGUCCCGACAAAGGAGCACACUCCACCACUGCCCGAUAAGUUCUUCGACUGGUUUGAUAGGAUAGAGUGGGCUUUCUCCAUCUGUGAGAUAAACGGCAUGCUCCUGGUGGCACUCUGGCUCAUACAGUGGAUACUUCUCAAGCACAGGUCAAUAAUAGGCAGAAGGUUCUUUUUCAUUGUGGGCACACUCUACAUGUACCGGUGUAUUACAAUGUACAUCACUACUUUGCCUGUUCCUGGGAUGCACUUUAAAUGUGCUCCAAAGCUGCUUGGGAACUGGGAGGCACAGAUGAGGAGAGUAAUGAAAAUGAUUGCCGGUGGGGGACUAUCCAUCACAGGUGCUCACACUAUGUGUGGAGAUUACCUGUAUAGUGGCCACACUGUCAUGCUGACACUAACGUACCUCUUCAUCAAAGAGUAUUCUCCAAAGCGAUUCUGGUGGUAUCACUGGCUUUGCUGGACUCUGAGUGCAGUGGGAAUAGUCUGCAUCCUUCUUGCCCAUGACCACUACACUGUGGAUGUGGUUGUGGCCUACUUUAUCACUACACGUCUCUUCUGGUGGUACCAUACUAUGGCGAACCAACAGUCGCUGAAAGAGACAUCACAGAGUAACCCAUUCUCACGGGUGUGGUGGUAUAGACUGUUCCAGUACUUUGAAGAGAACGUGAACGGCCCGGUCCCCCGGAACUACCAGCUGCCAUUGUCGUGGCGAGCGUUGCACUGGAACCACAGCGUGAAGUACAGCAGACUGGACAUCCAGUGACCCCUAUCAUGUUAAAGCAGGCGAGGACUGUGACUUCCAUAAGUGCUGUUUUUAACCAAGGAAGAUGGCACUGUCCAAUGUAGCGCUGUCCUUUCACCUCUAGUAACACCCUUGUCCACAUGGGUAGCACUGUGACCCACUUAGUAUUUUCUUUUUCCUCUCUUCGUUCUUUUCUGACAGUGUUUGUCGACACAGAGCACUAAUUUAUUUGUUUUUGUUUCCAUUUCAAAGGUAACAUACAUUUCUGCUUUU